CAAAAGGCAAAAGAAAAUGGAAACAGUUUCAGACUGAAAGAUUAGCUCACUAUAUUCUGCAUCCUGUUCUCCUUUGUAUGAACUCAAGAUAUGAAAUUAUCUGUUUGUACAGAAGGCAAACAACAUCCUUUCACUGUACAUGUGACAGUAAUGAAGAGUGGUGUCUGUAUAACAGUGGGGGCAGCCGGAUGUUGAGGUUAACGUGUACCUGCCCACACCUUCAUUUAUUUCAUCCCACCACACACUUGCUCGGUUCUCUCCCAGAAAUUAAAAACUCCUGAAUUGCCCCUUCCCCAAGUGCUCCAGUUCCCUUUCCGACCCCAUCCUGAAGGCGUGUUUGUGGGCUGCUGGAAGUUACAUCUAUUGGAGGCAGCGACAACAUAGCCUGCCCACAAUGUUCACAACAACAACAAGAGAAAAACAAGACAACAGCAAAACUAACCUCUUUUGCACCCACCUACCCAACCAGUCACACAGACAGGAGUAUAAACCCAGGACAGGUUGCCUCUGAACUGACAGUCCCUGGCCCCUGACUCUCCAACAUCCCUCCAAUUAGAGACUUUGACUAUCACUGAGAGAAAAUACACCCAGGCUGCACACUGUCUCCUCAAAGCUGUAAUGUUACCACCCUCCAUUCAUCUCCUGUGUGCUGUCAUGUUCUCCCUCCGACACAAGAUCAGAACUGUAUGAACCCUGUGGUUUAACCUGAGUCAGAAACAGUUCCAAUGAGGCUUCGAUGUUUCUCCUUCCUUGCCUCAGAAGACACAUGAUCCAACCACACAACGUGUGAGAGUUGUUUCUCUAGGAUCAGGGAUCACUACUUGGGGUUCACCAACCCCUCAGUUACUGGUAGGUGUCCAUGGCAUAAAAAAGGUUGGGAACCCCUGCUCUAGCACUGUGUGAAAGUCCACAAAGUGGGAAAGGAAUUCAGCAGGUCAGGGGGUAUCUAUGGAAAGGAAUAAUGAGUCGAAGUUUCUUGCUGAGACCCUUCAUCUGGACCAGCCUUCGUCUGAAAUUUCAAGUCUGUAUUCCUCUCCAUAGAUGCUGCCUGACCUGCUGAGUUCCUCCAGAAUUUUGUCUGUUGCUUUGGAUUUCCACCAUCUGCAGAAUCGCUUGUAUAUCAGCUCAAUAUUUUGUUCAUUUUUUAGACUAUUUAAGAGAUUCUUAUUGUAACAGUGAUUUUGGGUCUGUUACUCUGGAUUGCCACCACCUCCCAUGUUUAUACAUGGUACAAGAUAUCUUUCAAUGUAAUCUUUUUUUCAAUAUAUUACUUCAGUUUUUGGUUUGAUAAGACAGUAUGCAUUGCCCACCCGCUAAAUCUCCUGGUCAAGACUGGGGAGGGAUGUUGAGCUGCCAUCCAGAUCAAUGACAGUCCUGGCAAAAGUGCUUCCUGAUGCAGAUGGAUGGUAACGUAGUAAAUAGUGUAACACUGUUACAGAGUCAAUGUUCAGCAAUCGGUGUUCAAUUCCCACAGCUCUCUAUUAGGAGCUUGUACGUUCUCCCUGUCACUGCGUGGGUUUUAUCCGGGCACUCUGGUUUUCACACACCUUCCAAAAACGUACCGUUUACAUGAAUGCGAGGAUAAUGGAAGAUGACAUUGCGUAGGUGGAAGAGAUUAGUUUAGUUGGUGUAUCCAGAGAUACCGGCCACGUGACAGACGCACUGCCACCUGGCUGAUCGGAGGACACACCACAUGCCAAUCAACAUUUGGUCCCUCCCAACUAAUCAAUGCACACCUAAAUUAUUGGUCACCUUAAUUGGAUUAUCGCACCCAGCCCCAUGAUUUAAAAGGUGAGACUUGGCCUUCCUUGCCCUAUCUUACAGACCACCUCAUUGGAGGUAAGUGCAUUGAUUUAUGUUUGGGAAGGUCUAUCAUUUGUCCUGGUAAGGGAGCCGCAGCUAUCCAAGGUCAAGGGGGAUAGCUGUCGUAGUGCUUUUCCCUUGUUCUUUGUUUGUGUAACCGUACCCUGUCCCCACACCGCUUCCUGUGUAUUGUAGUUGCUUGUGUUGACCUGACUUCCCCUUGUAAAUAAAUUCCUUAUUAUUAAAACUGUGUGUGUCCAGGCCUCUACUGUUGAGACUCAAAGAACCAGUUAUUUUCCAUCACAACUUUUUGCGCUGCGGAGCAGGGUCUCGUAGGUUUUGGCUGGACACAAGCACAGGGGAUAAUGUUCUGGAAUAAGGGGAAGAAAGCCAGUGCAGGCUCCCAGGAUAAGAUCCCCGGGUGGGCUGAUGAAAGGGAGGGAUUUGAGAGUCUGGCCAGCAUGCCGGCAGACCACGGAAAACCAGUGGACUGGUCUGAGCAGUUAGAGCCCCGUGGAGAGAAGCUGGGCCUUCAUGUGGUCUCCCUCCUGAAGGAAUCAGGGUUCCCCAAAGCCAAGGGGAGUCCAAGGGGUGCCUUCUGGUUGUUUGCGUCCCUGCUGAGACGCCAGGUUAGAAUUACCUGGAGCACUUGUGUGGUCGGAAGGACAGGGAAAUUGAAGACCUCAGUCAGCGUUGUUGCACACUGAAGGAAGCAGCACAGGCUGCCCAGGCCCGAGACAAUGACCUUGAAGUUAGGGGAACUGAACUUGCCUGUCACCUCAUAAAACUUCAGCAGGCCAGGGCAGCCCGUCAGUCUGGCUGGCAGCCGGACCCAUUAAAGAUUCGAGCCUCAGUCCAGUGUGGCGACAAGCUGGACGCAUGGCUGGGCGAUGGGGACAUCUGGCUGAAUAGCGACGAUGAGGGGGUGCCCAAGGAACCAAGGUCCCACAACCACCCUUCCCCCUUCUCACCCGACCUCCAACAUGCCCGACCCGUCACCAUGCGGUCCCAGGUUCACUGCAGGAAGGAAGGGAACGAGGGGGAGACGGCCGGACCUUCCCCAGUCACUCCAAUACCACGGAGACCCGGGACUUCUCCCCCAAGGAACUGACCCAACUGGCGGAUCGCUACCACCAACAACCAGGCGAGCACCUCACGGCCUGGCUGCUCUGGCUGUGGGACGAGGGGGGGCCCAACCUCAGCCUCUCCCAUCAGGAGGCAAGCGCCCUGGGAAGCCUCUCUGACCGGCAGAGCAUAAACAAUGCGCUGCGGGCGCCACAAGUAGAAAUCCGCGACAGCAAUACCCUGUGGGAUCGGGUAGUGACCGCGGUACGAGCUCGCUAUCCCACACUAUCCCAGUGGGAUCUACACGGGCGCCCGCAAUGGGGUACAGUCAGUGAGGGCACCCGGGUUAUCAGGGAAUGGGCACUGGUCAACUGCAUCUAUCAAAGUGCCUGCGACCGUAACUUCCUUGAAAACACACGAGUGACCGGUGCCCUACCGGGAUACUUGGUCACUACCGCACGCCCCGAUCUGAAGUCGGUAAUCCUGCCCCUCAUGGCACCAGCUAGCGGUAGGACUGUACGGGACUGUACAGGACGCCAUCACCCUCCUGGAGGGAUUAGAAUAUAUGCAGAGGGGGGCACCAACGCAGGUCCGGAAGACCGAGACAAGGGCCCGAGACACUAUCCCUCUCAGAUAUACACGCAGGCAGCUGUACACGGACCUGCUGCGUGCAAAGGUGGAUCGUAACCAGAUAGAUGGCAUCCCCACCCCCAACCUAUAUGCCCUGUGGAAGGAGCAUUGCAGGGGGAAGACUACUUACAAAAAGACGUCCACCCGAGUCCCCACCCUCAGAGUUAUUCCACAGCCACUGAGUAGACCUAACGAAUGCUGGUGCAGACUCCGCAAUGCGCACACUUCUAACUUUUCCGUUGGUCACAGCAACUGUCAGCGAAACUGGUACCCGGGUGCCCCAGAGACCACUGCCGACGAUGCCGCUAAACUGGGAGCUCCCUGGACUCUAAACGGGACCCACUGGAUCUGCGGCCACCGCGCCAACCCGUGGCUCCCCACGAGCUGGUACAGCUGCUGCUUUCCAGCGUAUGUGGUGCCCUUCAUCCACCCCCUGAAUGACCUUGAGGAGCAUCCGGCGUACAGCGGCCACCGGGGCAAGAGGGCCAUUACAGAGGCAGAGAGGUUCUGGAUGAUGGCCUUUCCCAGUUAUGGUACGGCCCGGCUGUCCCGGGAGGUGAUCCAGAUGACCAGUGUGCUCGAGACUCUGGCCAACGAGACGGCAGUGGCCCUGCAACACACGGAGGAUGCCCUCACCCGAACGGCAGCAGAACUGACAGCUGUCAGGAUGGUCGCCCUGCAGAACCGAAUGGCACUGGACUACCUACUCGCUGCUGAUGGUGGAACAUGUGCAAUGGUUGGUAAGAAAUGCUGUACCUUUAUCCCUGGUGAGUCCAGCAACAUCACUCACAUUCGGGACUUGGUGGCUAAAAUUCAAAAAUCAAGGGACCAGCUCCUCCAGCACAACACCUCAUGGGGCAAUUGGUGGCCGUUUGGGUCCCUAGGGGGGUGGUGGACAAUUGUCAUUCACUGAUCCAUCACACUCAUUCUUGUAAUCAUAGCCAUUUCUAUACUAUGUUGCACAUGCCAGCUGAUUAAGAGUGUCUCUGCAUUUACUUAGCUGUUCAAAAUUGGUUAUUUCUGGUAUAUGCGAUUUUGUUUCACCCUCUCAUGUGUGUUGGCUAUGUGGUGCGACUUCCGAGGGGUGGAGUGUAUCCAGAGAUACCGGCCAUGUGACAGAUGCACUGCCACCUGGCUGGUCGGAGGACACACCACAUGCCAAUCAACAUUUGGUCCCUCCCAACUAAUCAAUGCACACUUAAAUUAUUGGUCACCUUAAUUGGAUUAUCUCGCCCAGCCCCGUGAUUUAAAAGGUGAGACUUGGCCUUGGCUAGCCCUCUCUGACAGACCACCUCAUUGGAGGUAAGUGCAUUGAUUUAUGUUUGGGAAGGUCUAUCGUUUGUCCUGGUAAGGGAGCCGCAGCAAUCCAAGGUCAAGGGGGAUAGCUGUCGUAGUGCUUUUCCCUUGUUCUUUGUUUGUGUAACCGUACUCUGUCCCCACACCGCUUCCUGUAUAUUGUAGUUGCUUGUGUUGACCCGACUUCCCCUUGUAAAUAAAUUCCUUAUUAUUAAAACUGUGUGUCCAGGCCUCUACUGUUGAGACUCAAAGAACCAGUUAUUUUCCAUCACAACAGUUGGCAACACACACAAAAUGCUGGUAAAACUCAGCAGGCCAGGCAGCAUCUGUGGAAAAGAGUAAAUAGUCAAUGUUUCAAACCAAGACCUUUCAUGAGAACUGCAGAAAAAGAUGAGAAGUCAGAGGAAGGUGGUGGGGGGGGAAGGGUGGAAGAAAUACAAGGUGGUCGGUGAUAGAUGGCGUAGUUGGUGAGGACAAAGGAGCCCUGUACCUGGUGAGGUGUGGGAGGAUCGGGUGAGGGUGCUGACCUUUUAUACCAUAAGACACAGGAGCAGAGAAAGGCCAUUCAGUCCAUCGAAUCUGCUCUGCCAUUCUAUCAUCGUCAAUUUAUUAUCCCUCUCAACCCAAUUCUCCUGAAUUCUCCCCAUAAUCUUUGAUCAAGAAACAAUCAACUCCACUUGAAGUAUACCCAAUGACUUGGCCUCCACAGCUGUCCAUGGCAAUGAAUUCCGCAGAUUCACCACCAUCUGGCUAAAGAAAUUCUUCCUCAUCUCUGUUCCAAAUGGAAGUUCAUUCAUUCUGAGGCUGUGCCCUCUGGUCUACACUUAUCCACUGUAGGAAACACCCACUCCACGUCCACUCUGUCUACGCCUUUUCAGUAUUGGGUAGGUUUCAAUGAGAUCCCCCCCUCAUUCUUCUGUAUCCCAAUGAGUACAAGCCCAGAGCCAUGAAACACUCCUCAUAUGCUUCCCAUUUCAUUCCCAAAAUCAUUCUCGUGAACCUCCUCUGGACCCUCUCCAAUGCCAGAUCAGGGGCUCAGAACAGCUCACAAUACUCCACGUGUGGUCUGACCUGACAAAGGCUCAGCAUUACAAUCAUCUUCUUAGAUUCCAGUCCUCUCAGAAUCAAUGUUAAUGUUACAUUUGCCUUCCUUAACACUGACUCAACCUGCAAGUUAACCUUUAGGGAAUUCUGCACAAGGACUCCUGUGCUGUCUUUACGACAGUUAUUUAGUUUAUAAUAUUUUUGCUUAGUAAUUCAUUCAAUAGUAUUUUCUAGUUAGAAUUAGGAGUGUUUAAAGUAUAUUCAUUGCAUGUAAAAUAUAUUGGCAUGUGAUGACGUCACAUCCGGUUUCGCCGCGUCUUGUGGGAAAACACCGGUUUGAAAUUAGCGCGA